AUGGACACCGCGGCGGACUGGCCGGCUCUUCGCAAGUGGGACUUUGAUUUCUUUGCCCAGUCUUGUGGGCACAUCGAGGUGGAGGUAGCUCUGCAGGGCGGCCGGAAGCGUAGGAAUCUGCUGAAAGACUACCUGGCGUUGUUACGACGUGAUACAUUCCGGAGGCCUUUUGCGCUGCCAUACUUACGCGGAUGGUACUACGAACGAGAUGCGCCGUGGCUUUCGGAUGACUUGUGGCGGCAUGGUGACUUCCAUGAUGUAGCGUUUCAGGACCAUUUCCGAAAGCUUCCAGAACGGCAUCAUCCAGAUUUCCAUUGGCUCUUCAUUGGCGGGGAGGGUUCUACAACGCCUCUACAUGUCGAUCCGUCUGAAACGCAUGCAUGGCUGACGCAAAUCCGUGGCCGCAAGCGCUUCACCCUCUUCCCGCCCUUUGAGAUGGCAAGCCUCUUGAAACCAGAUGGAGGCUUCAAGCCCCUGAAGCAGAUCCUUCAAGAAAGGUCUGCUCUACCGUUGCAGGUCAUUCUAAACCCCGGAGAUACCCUUUUCGUGCCAGCACACUGGCCUCACGAAGUCGAGUGCCUUGAUGAUUCAAUCUCUGUCACUUGGAACUUUCUGGGUCAGAGCAUCUUCCCGAUCAUUCGAGCUGCCUUUUUGGCAAAUGCAACCCGCUCGAGAGAGCCUGCAGAAGGAUAG